UCGUUGAAUACUUGCAACGAAUCGUCCUCAAGAAGUACACGAAGGCGUGCGAGCUAGAGGACAGCACUGGUGGCGGCAAAGACGACAGCGAGAACGAUCCUCCAUGGGUGAUCUGGAAGACCAAGAAAGGGAACGUGAAGAUCUACCGAGGGGAUGAUAUGGAGCGUGCGUGCAGAGGAGAGGAGCGCUGACAAUGUAGGUGAAUGCGAGAAGAUCUGCCCACUUUGGAGACGAUGGAAAGGCAUCAUAUCCGACUCUGACAGGAGCUACAAGCAAUCUACCCACGGUACAACAGAGUCUCAUGCAGAUGCGCGUGCUGGAACGGCUCUUGCGAUCUCGAGGAUUGGCAAAAGAGGCGUGCGCAAUGCCGCACGUUCCGAGGACGAGCGCUCUCUAUCUCCUUCUGGAUCUGAGGACGACACCAAUGAUCUCAGCAUCAAGACUGAGGGAAACCUGGUACUUGUACCACGUCGCGAGGGCCUGAUCAGUGCGCAACCACAGGUACCGCCGCUAAUGUUAGCCCGAAAGCCCGAGGCUCGCUCUGUGCAGGCCCAAACUGCGCAGCAGAUGAUGCGCAUGCAUGACGAGCAAGAAGCACGUGCACUCGCAGAGACCCGCAGGUAUCGCGAGGCUAAGAUUGCAGAGAUGCAGCAACAGCACUUGGCAAACAUGAUCGUGCAACUGCGGCCUCAGUAUCCACCGUCCGUAUCAACUGCGCAGCUACGAGAUAUAGCUCUAGAUAUCGUCCAGACAGUGCGGGCUACCUCAGAUCGAGCUAUCCUGCAUCCAGUCGAUCAGAAUAGCCUCUACGGCGUCCAAUAGUUUUCAGAGUUUCAUGUAGUUUUUUCAAUUUGCGCCCCUCUGUGUGGAUGUGUGUGUACGGACA